AUGAGUAUCGAUUACUAUCAGAUAUUAGGCGUUUCGCAAACUAGUGGCCCGAAUGAGAUCAGUAAGGCCUACAAACGGCUGGCCCUACGCUAUCAUCCGGACAAAAAUCAUAGCCACGGCUCGCUGGAACAGUUCAAACAGAUUCUUCAGGCCUAUCAGGUGCUCAGAGAUCCAACCCAGAGAGCUGACUACGACCUGACCCGACGCGGCUACGGCCGUAUUAGUAGUAGUAGUAAAGCUAAACCGUCGGCAGCGAAACAACAGCGGCCGACAACAACACCAACAACAACAUCGGCUUUGAACAACAUCUAUGUGACAGUUUGGUUGACCACUGAUGAACUGUCCACUGGUACAGUCAAAUCCAUUGCAUACAAGCGUACCGUUUAUGUACCGCCAGUUAGUUACAAACAUGUCGACGCAGUGGCCACUGUCAGUGUCCAACCGCAUACACUGAGCGGUACCCGACUGACACUUAGUGGCCAUGGUCAUCAGUCGACAAUUGGUACGGUCGGCGGCGAUCUUAUAUGUGUUGUAAAAUGUUUGUCGGAAAAGCCGCCGCCGCCGCCGACACAGCCGUCAUCAUCGGACAGCAAUAACAAAAGGGAGUCGACAUAUCGGGAGUCGUCCGGAAGCGAAAAGUCCGCGGAAAGUCAGCGGACAUCAACUGAUAAUUGUAAUAAUAAUAAUAAUACUAAUGAGGAUAAUUACAGCCGAAAUAAUGGCCAACAAUUUGAUGGCCAACAACUGUUCAAAUAUGUUUACGUAACACUGGAGGAAGUAUAUACCGGAACUGUCAAACAGGUUCACUAUCAGCGCUGGCUAUACCAAUGCCAGACCUUAUCAUCGCCACCGCCGCCGACAACGCGGACACUAGAAUUGGUCGACUCCGAAGUUACCGUUACCGUCAAACCCGGCUGUCUGGCCGGUACACGAAUCACUUAUCCCGGUUGUGGCCAUCAAAUUGGUAUCAACAGUAAAUACGCGAAUCUAGUCUGCGUAAUCAUACAGUUGCCGCACCCGAUGUUUACCCGCCAACAAUCGGCCAACAACAAUCUCGGUUGUACACUGCCGGUCAAGUUUGCCGAUGCCCUAAGCGAAUCUGGUAUACAGGUGCCCACUCUAACCGGCCAACCGUUGACGAUAGUAAUGACCAGACAACAGUUAAUCGAGUUUUACCAGAACUGGUCACUGGUUAUCCAGAAACCGGGUUUAGGUUUGCCCGACCCGAAUGGCCAACCGAACCAAUUGAUUGGUGAUCUUAUUGUUAGAUUUCAAAUGAAAAGUUAA